AUGACAGUAAUCGGAGUACAGGACCGGGAAUUGUUCCUGAAAAAGAACAACCCUUGGACCAUUCCAAACCUGCAUGCUGCCGCUGCUGGCACCACCACGCCCAGGAGAAAGGCUGCAGGGAAUGCUGAAGGAGAUAAGGCCGAAGUGAAGGACAAACCACAGAGUAGAUCCACCAGAUUGUCUAUUAAGCCAGCUCCUCCAAAGCCAGAACCCAACUCUAAAAAGGCUCCUGCAAAAAGGGGAGAGAAGAUACCCGAAGGGAAAAAGGGAAAAGCCAAUGCUGUCAAGGACAGGAAUUACCUUGCAGAAAAUGGAGAUGCCCAAACAGGCCAGGCACAGAAAGUUGAAGGAGCUGAAGAUGCCCAGUGUAGUGUGUGCAUUUUUCAUAACUGUGUACUUCUAGUUACUGUACAAUUUGAAAUGUUAUUUCUGUAUCAAGUUCCAUAA